UUGCAAGGUUCACUGCUUUGCAUUCUUUCUCUAUUUCUAUCGAUAUACUAACCUGUCUCCUAGCUCUAAUAAUGCCUAUGCUUAUCUCAUAGUACACAGGCAACUUUGGUUAUCGCAUGCUGAGCCACAUGUGAGCAUUAAACGAUCCUCCCGCCGACCACAGAUACGAUACGAUGGCAGUGUCUCCUCCCUCGACCAUGUUGAGCACCAUACAAUCAAGGGAUAUUCCUUUUCAAGGUUCAGCAAACGCACGAUCACCUCUAACGAUGACACAUGCUGACCGUGAGCUCACGGAACAGUUGAAUGACGAUGUCCGACGCAAGUAUGUCAAAGAUAAGAAACUAGGCGAGGGUACCUACGCUGUUGUGUCUCUUGGCUAUCUGAAAACCGACCCAUCGGUGUUUGUCGCCAUCAAGAAGAUCAAAGUCAAUGCUGAGUACAAAGACGGGCUCACUAUGGAUGCUAUCCGCGAAGUCAAAUACUUACAAGAGUUGUCUCACCCUAACAUCAUUGCACUACAUGAUGUCUUCUCCUCGAAAGACCAGACCCUCAAUCUUGUUUUGGAGUAUUUGCCGCGCGGUGAUUUAGAGAUGCUCAUUAAGGAUGGCAAUAUUCAAUAUGGUGCGGCAGACGUCAAGGCUUGGAUGGGUAUGCUCGCUCGGGGGGUCUGGUUCUGCCACGAGAAUUUUGUGUUGCACCGGGAUAUCAAACCGAACAACCUUCUGAUAGCCUCUGACGGCGAAGUCAAAUUGGCAGAUUUUGGUCUAGCUCGAUCUUUCGCAGACCCUUAUCUGAACAUGACUCACCAGGUGAUUACCCGCUGGUAUCGGCCUCCCGAGCUCCUGUACGGUGCACGUCAGUACUCCGGUGCUGUUGACGUCUGGUCCAUGGGGAUGGUCUUUGCAGAACUCCUUAUCCGGGUACCUUUUGUCGCAGGGAACUCGGACCUUGACCAGAUCUCGAAGAUCUGCGAAGCAUUUGGCACCCCCACGGAUGAUAACUGGCCUGGUGUGUCCAAGCUGCCAAACUAUUUUCCCCCCGACCGAGCCCAUAUUAUACCGCUGCAAGGCCGCGACUUCUUUGUUCGACAAUUUCCAACCGCUGGUCCGGUUGGUGCAGACCUGCUCAUGUCGAUGUGUGCAUUGGAUCCCAGGAAACGUAGCACGGCCCGUCAAAUAUUAUCACAUAGCUGGUGGAGCACAGAGCCCAAGCCCACCAAAAAAGAAGACCUUCCGAAGAAGGCGGGGGGCACCAAGAAGAUGGGCGAUGACAUGGGCAGACGAGUUGGCCAAGUCGACGAUGGUCUUUUCAAAAAUGCUGCGCGACAAUUACAUUUCUGAUUUUACCGCCCUGGAGGUUUGCCGUGACCAACAUUGCAAAACCCUUCGCCGGCUCUAAACGGAAGCACCAGUUGCUUACGAGAACCAGAAAGGGCAUCCCACUGAUUCAGAUACUGAACUGAUAUUAUAAGGAAUAGUCAGUCAAUCCCCAAUCCGAAUAUAUCAGCCCAAUCUGAUUCGACGAAAAUGUACCUAAGUUCUACAGCCUUGCCAGACCAAGAAAAAGCCCUUUCCAGGGUCUCUGCCUGCCAGGAUAUUUUCUCCUAGCCCUGCCCUCCUAGCUUCAGACCUAGAAGGAGUUGUAUUAAAUCCUUGGGGCUUUUACACCCUUCUAAAGUUAGUUGAUCUUAUACUCUGUAACCCUUACCCAUCAUGGAGUAGAUUUCGAUUAUCCGC